AUGGGAGACGCCGGUGGUUACCUUCGUUUCUCUGGCUCCCUCGACCCUCAAGCCCAAGAGUUCAUCCCGCGCCACGUCAUCUCAUCUCCGCCUCACCAUCACCUCGCCUCGUCGUCCUUCCACCUCCCCUCCACAACCAAUUCUUCUACGCACCUCCGCCGCCGCCUUCGUACGCCGCUGACAGCGGCGUCGAACUCCUCGGCUACCACCCCGACCUCCACCCAUUUCAAAAAACAAGCAACUUUGGCGACUCCUCUAUGCAAUCCAUAA